UAGUUUUGAAAAGCAUAUUUGCAUUUUACAGUAUUAUACCAAUUGAGAUUCAAGUAACAUAUUAAAAGCAUGAUACAACGACUGCAAAACCCCAAUGACUCUCCUACGUUCAGCAAUUCUCUCCUGUUGCGAGUAGAUGGUGCAAUUGGUGCAAUGUCUCUUUCUCCUAAUGGAAGAGACGCUGUUUUGGCAGGUAGACGAGGUCUCUUCAUUAUAGACCUCGAUGAUCCUUUUACAACUCCUAGAUGGCUCCAUCACAUCACUUCCUGGGAAGUGGCAGAUGUCCAGUGGUCUCCACAUCAUUUUUCUAAGCCAUCUUGGUGCAUAUCUACUUCGAACCAAAAGGCAUUACUUUGGGAUUUGGCUAGACCGUCCAACAAUUCCAUUCUAAAUGUUCUCCACCAUCAUGCCAGAGCUAUUACUGACAUCAACUUCCAUCCUUCAGACCCUGAGAUUUUGGCUACUUGUUCAAUCGACACUUUCAUCCUAAGCUGGGAUAUGCGGACUCCUCGUAAACCAGUCCAGAAAUGGGCUGAAUGGAGAGCUGGAGCUACGCAAGUCAAAUGGAACCACGAGAAUCCAUACGAAAUUGCGUCUAGUCACGACAAUUGCUUCUAUGUGUGGGAUUCACGGAAAGGGGCAUUGCCUAUCAUAAAGGUUAACAAAGCCCACAAUGGUAAGAUCAAUGGAUUGGACUUCAGCAAUGGGGCUUCCAACAUCAUUACUUGUUCUAACGACAACACAGUUAAAUUCUGGAAUUUGAACAGCAAUGAAGCACGAGAGACUAUCAAAGAUUUCGACUACUUUGCUGUUGACGAUAAUGAUGCCCCAGUUUUGAGACCUAGCGUAGUAAUAGAAACGGACUUUCCCGUGGCUAGAGCUAGAGCUUUGCCAUUUGGAAAGGAUAAAGCUUGUGGUAUAAUGCCUCUAAGAGCAGGUGGUGAUGCCAUUCAGAUUGUCAACUAUGACGAAGAAUAUAAAGAAGCCUUGAAGACUGAUGAAACACAGAUAUCGUCAAUUAAUCCAGUAUACACUUUCAAGGGCCACAAUGGAGCAAUGAAAGACUUUCUAUGGAGGACCAAGCACCAGAAUUAUGAAGGUUUUGAGUCAAAGAACAAAUGGAAAGAAUUCCAGUUGGUCACAUGGUCGUCGCAAGACUAUGAUUUGAAAUUAUGGCCAGCCGACGAGGAGUUGUACAAAAAGGUUAAUUACAAUCCGUCCUACCAGAAGUUCCUUGAUGCGUUUAACCCUGAAGCUCUGGAUUCAGAUGAAAGUACCCGCCCUCUUUCACCAUCUAUCGGAGAAGGUGAAAAUGUAUACAAUUACGAGACGUAUUGUUUAGAACCACCAGUUACUAUAGUUGAUUUGAAACGAAGAAACAAUGGCGAUGUGCUUUCUUCGCUUACAUUAUAUGAGAUAGUUGAGAAGCAUAAACAAAAUGGCCAUGACGUUUUAAAAUUGAACCAUCUUGAUUGGAUCUCCGGUGUUCGUAUGGGCCGUGCUGGACACGCCGCGGGCAGAAAGGACAGUUCCAUGGAAGUGGAUGAUGGUCCUUCCAAUCUUGGAGAAGAAGUAAGUAUUGUUGGCCACAAGUUCCCUAAGGCAAGAUUUGAAAAGAUUUCGGUAUCGACAGGAGAGAUUGUCUUGAGUUUACGUGGACCCGUUCCAAUAUCGAAUAUUCCGGAUGCUGAGAAGGAUAACGAGAAUAAUGACGAGAUUAACAGUAGUAUUGUGAAUGAUAAGGACUCAACAACCAAAGAUGUUGAGAGAUCAAUGCAACCAACAAGUGUAGUUAGUUCUGAUGCAAAUAACCCUAUCUCUAUUUCGUCGGUUAGCGAAGAUUCACCUGAACAACAGUUGGUUUUUAUCAGAAUUCAAAUUAAAUUUCCAAAGAACUACCCAUUCUUGGAUGAUAUUGACUUGGACGAAACUGUUACCACAAAGAAGCUCACGAGACUACAAAAGCACAACCUAGUUAAAUUCGAAAUUGAAGGAACACACGAGCUUACAACCGAAAUAAAACGUGAGAUGUUGAAGAACUUGAACGAAAUAGCCCAUUUUUAUACAAACAAGUAUAACAAGUUUUGUCUUGAGCCAUGUUUGAGAUAUCUACUUGGUGACAAAAUUGAAUUGAAUGACGAAUUAAUGAUGGAGACUGGUGGCGACAAGAACGAGAAUUUGGAUGGUGAAGGCUAUAUCCAAGAAGUUGGAAACGAGGGAUGGGCCGACGAUUUAAUAAACCAACAACCUGGUGGCGAUAUGGGAUACGAUUCAUCUGGUGAAGAUGACGAGGUGUAUGCGGACUUGAUACCAGCAGUGAAUGAUGAUAUGAUUAACAGUACCCAGUCAUUGAAACCUGAUUCAACACAGGCAAAGGAUGGAAAGACUGACGAAUUUAACAAUGCGUCGGCAGGAACAACAUUCUUUGAUUCUACUCCAGUUCCAAAGGGGUGUGGAGCAAUAUGGUCCCCAACAGGUCAGUUGGUAUGUUUUUUCAUACCAAAGGAAAAUGAAGAAGAGGAAAACAACUCCCUACAAAAGUUCAACAUUUUCAAAUUCACAGACGGCGGUUUCAGUAUAAAUACUCACAACAGCCACCACCAUGGUCACCAUCACCAUAAGAUAUCUGGAGACUUUGAUACAGAGGUUUCAGAUGAAGGCAGUUAUAGCAGUGAUUCUGAAUCACGAGUUGCGAACUCCGAUGAUCCCGAUUCCGAUUCAGACACUUCUUCUUCAGGGGAUAGCUUUGCAAAUGACUGGGACGAAAUACUUCAGGAUGAUGCUCCGUCAAGAUCACGUAUUCCUGGACUUUUCAAGACAUCUGUUGGUUUAGGAAACAGAUACAUUGGGAACAGAGAUAAGUCGAUUAAUAGAUUCACUAGUCAUGGUGGUACAACUUCCAACUAUAAGUCUUCAGUUCCUGGAGAAAGCAGAAAAAAGAGAAGUAGGAAUUCGAAAAAAAGUAAGAACAUCGUUGGAAUAUUUGAUUUUAGACAUUUGCUACCUGACAAGUACGAACUAGCUUGCGAAUACAGAGUACUUGGGGAUUCACCGGAGAAUCUUGCUAGAUAUAACAGUGAAGUAGCCUUGAAGUAUUGCUUGAAGGAUAUCAGCGAUGUUUGGAGAAUUCUUGAAAUGAUAUUGGUCAAGGAAGUCAGAAUGUCAAACCUAGAUUCUGGUUAUCCAUCUCAGAUGGACCCGAUUUCACAGCGGCAAGCGAAAGCAAUGAAUCAAUUCUUAUUGAACUCAGAAUUCAUGAAGAAGAAUCCAAAUAAGCACACAAGUUUCUAUUGGGGUACUCACCCAUUUGGAUAUUCCUGGUUAAUAGACGAGAUCUUUAAGUAUUUUGAGAUCAGAGGAAACAUCCAGAUGCUAUCUAUGAUGUCUUGUAUUUUGUACGAGAAUCCAAGCAAUCUCAGAAAGAACUCUAGCGACCUAUUCAAUAUACCGAUCCAUACUCCGUAUCAAGCUUUACCUCCACCACCUUCAUUAAUUGCUAUGAAGAAAUUUAAUGAAAGCAAUCUGCAAGAGAUAUUCAGCCAAUCCCACGAACUCAGCUAUUCAUUCCACAAUUCUCCAAGUGCUGAUGGAAGAGCGGAAUUAACCCACAGAAAUUCGAACAUAUCGGUCUUCAGAAGAGACCAGGGGCUGACUAGUGGCAAUAUAUAUGCCAAGUCAUUAACAUCAUCUAUGGAUGCAGCAAGUAUCAAAGACGACUCCCCUGAGAGAUUUUCGUACUUCAAGAAUAAUAUCCAGCCAAGUUUUAAUUCGUUCACUCUACUGAAUGAAUUCAGCUCAGAGUUGGUGAAUUCGAAUAGAUUCAAUAGUCCCAAGCAAAGAAUUGCAAAGGCUAAGACCAUUGGCCAACUUUCGGAAAGUAGAAGAAUAAAACCUGUCCAGCCUACAUCCAAGCGACAAACAACAAAAGCAACAGGAAAGAAUAAACUUCGACCACCACCAGUGGUUACAAUCCAGAAUACGGAAAACCUUGAUCUCUUUAGUGACGACUACACUCCGUCUUUAUUGCAUGGACAGGACCAAGAGAAAAUCAAACUAUACAGAGAGCAGUAUGCUGAUAUGCUUUACGUCUGGGGUUUGCCUGUCAAUAGAAUCAAAAUCUUGAAAUUUAAUUAUCCAGACAUAGACAAGAAAUUGGAAAUGGGGUAUGUUUCGCCUUUUGAUGUUCACAAAUGUCUGAUAGGGUUGAGAAACAAGACUAGACAAAACCCUAACCAAGAGUUUCACAAUUUUGUUUCUUCGAUAACCACAGCCAAAUCAAAUGCAUGGAAUACUUCUAAGAGAAAUCCAUUGAAACAUUGCAAUUUAUGCGGUCUAAUUGUGUCGAAAUCAUUGGUAGUCUGUACAAACUGUGAACAUGUAUUGCACAGUAGUUGUGCAGCUGAAUGGUGGUCCACCAAUGAAAACACGGAAUGUCCUAGUGGUUGUGGUUGUAACUGUUUGCAACACACGAUCUAA